UUGUUACUGUUAAAAAUAAAAAGAGGCAAAGAGUUGGUCCGAAGCACCUGCUUUGCAAAACCCUUUCUGAAUGACUGCAAAACUUCCAGGCCAGAGUAUGCCAUCUGCACCUACACACAGGAUUCUGCGACCCCUCCUGCUUGGCACCUUCUUAUUGGGCUGUUUUGUGACUCUGUUUUUGAUGUACAUCAAGCCGUCUACUAGCUGGUUAUCAGGCCCUGUUGAAUCAGAAACAUCCACGGCUCGAGUAAAGAGCCUCCUGUCGAACAGAAGUGAGCAGAACCAGACCACAGUGCUUGUCUGGCUUUGGCCAUUUGGGGAAACCUACGACCUGAACGUGUGUGGCUCCCUGUUCAGCAUCGACAACUGUUUUAUAACUGCCGACCACAACCUUUAUAACAAAUCCGAUGCAGUCGUCAUCCACCACAGGGACAUUAGCACCGAUCUGUCCAACAUGCCGCCAGCGUAUCGGCCUCCUCUGCAGAAAUGGAUCUGGAUGAACCUUGAGUCGCCAUCGCAUUCCUCCCAGUUGCCCGGCAUCGAGAACCUGUUCAACCUGACCCUGAAUUACCGUCAGGACGCCGAUAUUGAGGUGCCUUAUGGUGCCAUUGUCGCUUCCCAAGGCGAGGAAGGUUUUGUGCCACCGAGCAAGAACAAGCUGAUCUGCUGGAUCGUGAGCAACUGGAACCCGGAUCAUGUGCGAGUGAAGUACUACAAUGAACUGUACAAGCACGUGGAGAUCCACGCCUACGGCCAAGCGUUUGGCGAGUACAUAUCGGACCAGGACUACUUCCCUACCAUCGCCAGCUGCAAAUUCUACUUGGCGUUUGAGAACUCGAUUCACAAGGACUACAUCACGGAGAAACUGUACAACCCGCUCUCAGUUGGCACGGUGCCAGUAGUUUUAGGCCCACCGAGGGAGAAUUAUCAGAAUUUCGUAGAGGGCGAUGCUUUCAUCCACGUGGACGACUUCUCCUCUCCAAAAGAGCUGGCUGAUUAUCUUUUACUUCUGGACAAGAACGAGGAACUUUACCUGAGGUAUUUUGACUGGCGUAAACACUUUAAGGUAAAGAAAGCCUAUUUUUGGGCUGAACAUACUUGUCUUGCGUGUGAUUAUGUCAGAAGACACAAUGAGUACAAGGCGUUUAAUAAUCUCGACAAAUGGUACUGGGGUUAAUCUGGAAUUGUGCUGAUUGGUUGACUGGAUGGCAGUGAUAUAAGAGGUUGCUACCAUAUUUUCCAGGCUAUAAGAUACAUUUUUAGCCCUUUAUGAGGUAAGACUAAUACAACAAACUGCCGUGCAUGCUAUCAUUUUUGUAUGUACCCAAUUCUGAACGUUUCGAAGGUAGACCUGCUAUUCCAGCUUUUCUUUAGGAAAAAAUUGCAUUCCCAGUGUUCGCUUUAGAGUUAGCAUAACAGUGAAAAUCGUCGUAAGGAUGGACAUAAGGAUGUUUUACUCUGUGUGAUUUUCAUCACUGGUAAUCAGGGGUGUCUAUACCAGGCUAUUACCAGGUUGUUCGUGUUAUUUUUUUUUUUUUGUUUUUUUUUUUGUUUUUUUUUAAUCAUACAUAUCAAAGUUGUCUGGUGGAAGAACUGGUUCAACAACCAGAACUUUACAUAUUUUAGCAAAACAAAUGAAUCAUUUGGUGUGAUUGUUUAAGCGAAAUGGACUUUAGGGCAUGUUACUUAAUCCCACUGCCUGCUACACUACACUCAUCAGCUGUGGCGUGAUAAUAAACAGCUACCUUGCGGUUAAACAUAUCACGAGACUAGCUGAGACUAGACUAGAGACUCGAAUGACUUUUACAUGCAAUGGGAGGUGAAAAAAAAUCACAGCUCAUAGCCGAAACGUUGGCCGGUGACUUGCUGACAUUUUGUCAAGAGCGCAAACACAAUCUGCUACAUUUUCUGGGAAACCAAACCACAGGACUAGGCAGCAAACUGGAGCGUCCAUUAACAAACAUAUCCUUUGUCCACUGAGGACUUAGUGGUUACACAUUUUGCUUCGCACCUCGGGGGUCAGGAGUUCAAAUCCCGCCUUUUUUCUGCAUGUUCUUCGGGGGUUCAGGUUUACUCCCCUAGUCCAAAGACAUGCGUUGUAGACUGACCGGCAUUUCCAAAUUUUCUGUAGUGUGCGAUUGUGCCCUGCGCUGGUUUGGCACCCCAUCCAGGAUGUCUCCUACCUUGUGCCCUGAGUUCCCUGGGAUAGGCUCCAGACUCCCCCCGCAACCCUGUGUAGGAUAAGCGGUACGGAAGAUUAAAUGGAUAGGAUGGACGGAGCUUUUGUGCUUUUGCUCUUACCAACUGUGAACGAAUUGCUUAUGACACGCUCCCCAGCAGCCGAUUUAGUGACAUCGUGACCAAAGACAGACAAGUUCCAGCAAUGCCAUGAAUUUUGGACCAAAGUCUCAGAAUGUCGUCACGGUGUUGCAUCGCAGGCGUCAUAUUGUGAGGGAAUAAUAAUCAUAAAAUAUGACUCUAAGCACGGAUAUCACACAGUCUGCCACAUUUUAUUGGCCUCACGUACCAUGUUGUACCAUGUGACACACAAUAAACCUAUAAAACCUUAGUGCACAGUCUAAAGCAGACUUUAGAGACAUUUUUAGGCAUUACAGUGGGAUUAAGAUCAGAGCUAAAGCAAAACAGCUCAGAUAGAAUAUAUAUAUAUAUAUAUAUAUAUAUAUAUAUAUGAACUAGAGCGACACGAAACCACUAAACUUGUCCGAUACGAGUUCCGCAUACAAUUAAAUUGCUUUAGUACUUUAGUUUUGCGUACACGGUGAAGCCUACAGAAUUUUAGAGAAGACUCUCAUACAUAAGCGGAACUUAUCAUCUGGAAAAUAUGGUAAAUCAAUACGAACGAGGAACGUGUGCGUCAUGUGCUUGGACUGCUCCGGUUUAUUUUUGUAAAAUGAAGCGGGAUAUUAAUUUAUUUUGAUAGUCAUGCUGAGCACUUUCCAUAUUUAUUCAUUUGACUGCAGAGAGCAUAUUUUAUUAUGUGAUAACCUUUGUGACUGUUUUGUUUUCUCAAUGCCUUAUUUAUCAGGUUUCACAUUUGUCGAUGGUGAUUUAAAAAAAAAAAAAAACGAAAAAAAACCAAACAAACAACGGUCAUUCCACGUUUACAUCCAACUGACUCGAUCGUAAACGACUCCAACAGAGAAAAUAAGUGUUGAAUAGAAAAUAUCUGUGUAUUAUUUAUUCCACUAUGAUAUAGUGUAUGUGUGGUGUUUGUCAAGUAUGCAGUGUUUACAGAUCUGGGAAUUGUGUAUGUGUUGU